GGUGCGGGACAGCGCUCGGGCCGCGCGGAGCCACGCACACGCCGUGCGGGUUGCACCGGGGGCGGCGGAGCUGAGGGAAGCGCGCGGUCUCCGGCCCCAUUGCCCAUGGCUCCCUACCGCAUCCGGCUGUACCGCGACGAGGACUACGAUGCGGUGCGCUCCCUGUUUGCCCAUGGCAUCCUCGAGCACGCCCCGGCCAUGUACCGCCACGUGCUGCGCCUGGCACGGCUGCAGCUGGGGCUGCUGGCCCUGUUCACAGCCGUGCGUGCCGUAGCUGGCAGCUGGCUGCUGGCACUGGCAGCUGUGGCGCUGGUGCUGGCGGCCGCCUGGCCCGUGAUGCGCUCCUUCGGCACGUCCUUCGUGACGGAAGCGCUGCUCGCUGACCUCCGUGACAUCGACAGCUUUUACAUGCGGGCGCCCGACUCCUGCUUCUGGGUGGUGGAGGCCGGCGGGGCGGUGGUGGCCAUGGUGGGCGCAGCCCCAUCGCAGCGCGGCGAGGCCAUGGAGCUGAAACGGAUGUCGGUCAGCAAGGACCACCGUGGCCGAGGCAUCUCCAAGGCGCUGUGCGGGGAGGUGCUGCGCUUCGCCCAGGCGCGGGGCUACGGGGCUGUGGUGCUGUACACCUCCACAGUGCAGCUGGUGGCACAGAGGCUGUACGAGAGCCAGGGCUUCAGGAAGGUGGCUGAAACCAGCCCGUCUCUGUUCUCCAGCCUGAUCUCCUUCCAUCUCAUCCAUUACCGCCUCGAGCUGCCCGGCCGCCCGUAGGGCCUCCCCUAUUCCUGCACCACUGAGAAAUAAAGAGAGGCCGCGGGAAGGCUGUGCUGAGUGUGCCGUGGAUGUGCACACGUGUCGUGGCUGUGCUGUGUGUGGCAUCGUGCCUCCAUGUGGCUCACACCCACACCAUGAGCUCAGCCCAGCCUGGCCCUCCACAGGACCUCCCCGGACCAGAAUGGGAUCACCACGCCGCAGCCGCCCACAGGCGGUGCUGGGGGGCUUUUGGGGGCCCGCCGGGCCUCGCGCUGUCCCCCCACCAGCACUGCUGUGCUGUGUCACUGCAGGGCACUGCGUGUGGGCAGGGGAAGGUGGUUGGUGUGCGGGGCAGGAGGGCGCAGGGCAGUGGCUGGAGGUGGAUGUGCAGCACCUCACAACAUCACCGGGGUCAUCACGCAGGGGCUGCACUCCAUCUGGAUGUAGGGCAGUGGGUGGGGGGCGUGGAGGGGGUCCGGCUGGUUUGAGAACGGCACCAUCUGCCUGCAGGAAGAGGUGCUGGGCUGAGCCCCGUGGGGAUCCUCAUCCCAUGUGGCUGAGCCAUGUGGACAGUGCCGCAUGGGGACCCAGAUGCCACAUGGCUGAGCCGUGCUGGUGAACCCCUAUGGGGACACGGGGACCCCCGUGCCAUGCAGCCGAGCUGUGUGGGCGAUGCCCCAUGGGGACCCUCAUGCCAAAUGGCUGAGCCGUGCUGGUGAACCUCUAUGGGGACACGGGGAUCCCUGUGCCAUGUGGCUGAGCCGUGUGGAUGACGCUCCAUGGGGACACGGGGACCCCCACGCUGCAUGAUGCCAGGCUGGGGACGUGCCCCCCUCCCCACCUCCGGCCCCGCUGCUCCUCAGGCCCGGGGGGCUCAGCCUCCCUGGGGGGCCCCGACACCCCCACGCCCCCCAGCUGAGUGGGGACCCACAGAGGGACCCCUGUCCGUGUCCCCUCGCCGUGCUGGGGUCAGAUUUGCGCCUGCCCCUCUUAACGCUGCCAUAAUAAAAGAGCAUCGGAGCGCUGCACGCGGCCCUUCUCUGCACCGCGGGGUCACAGUGCGUGCCUCCCCCGCCGCUCCCUGGGCACUGACGGCCUUUGCUCGCCGGUUUAAAGGUGCUGAGCGCUGCUACGCACCGCGGCCCCGCAGAGCAGCACUCCCGCAGCGGUGGGCAAAACCUCCGGGGGGGGGGGCGGACGUGGGGUGGGGGUUCGCAGCUCCCCGUGGGCUGAACUGCCCCCGCCGCCCGAGCAUCGCUCGCCGCGCAUCGCUCGGCCCCGGCCCCCGCGGGGGCGCUGCGGGAUCCCGGCUGCUCGCGGGGCUGCGGGACCGGCGCUGCCCGCCCGCCGCUGCCCGGCCCUGCGCACCGGCCCCAUUGCCCAUGGCUCCCUACCGCAUUCGGCUGUACCGCGACGAGGACUACGAUGCGGUGCGCUCCCUGUUUGCCCGUGGCAUCCUCGAGCACGCCCCGGCCAUCUACCGGCAUAUGCUGCGCUCAACGCGAGUGCAGCUGGGGCUGCUGGCCCUGUUCACAGCCGUGCGUGCCGUAGCUGGCAGCUGGCUGCUGGCACUGGCAGCCGUGGCGCUGGUGCUGGCGGCCACCUGGCCCGUGAUGCGCUCCUUCAGCACGUCGUAUGUUCAGGAGGCACUGAUCACUGACCUCUGCGACAUCGACAGCUGCUACAUGCGGGCGCCCGACUCCUGCUUCUGGGUGGUGGAGGCCGGCGGGGCGGUGGUGGGUAUGGUGGCUGUGGCCCCACCACAGGACCCGGCGCAGCGUGGUGAGGCCCUGGAGCUGAAACGGAUGUCGGUCAGCAAGGAUCACCGUGGCCAAGGCAUCUCCAAGGCGCUGUGCGGGGAGGUGCUGCGCUUCGCCCAGGCCCGGGGCUACAGAGCCGUGAUGCUGUACACCUCCAUAGUGCAGGUGGUGGCCCAGCGGCUGUACGAGAGCCAGGGCUUCAGGAAGGUGGGUGCCAUCAGCCCCUCGCUGCUUGCCAGCCUGGUCUCCUUCCAGAUCUUCCAGUACCGCUGUGAGCUGCCCGGCCGCCCAUAGGGCCUCCCCUGUUCCUGUAGCGCUGAGAAAUAAAGAGAGACUGUGGGAAGGC